AUGAAUGCGUGGAGGUUCUUUCGAGGGGAAGCAGCAUUAUUCAAUGACUCUUCAUGUGCCCGAUCAAUAGAGAAGAAAGUUGAUUCGGCCAUAGAAGAAGUAUCAGCCUGUACGAGUGCUAAGUUAAAAUUCGAGCCAAAUCCCAAGAAUAUAUGCCCUCCAAACUCCAAACUCCAGUACAUUCUAAGGCUGCAAAAGGUGGUGGUGUCAAAAGAAAUCACUAUGAAAUCCCAAAUGAAGAAGCAGAAGAAACACUACCCAUCUUGGCAAGACCUAAACCCUUUCAUACUCUCAAAAAUAUUUUCAUUCCUCAAUCUCCAUGACCAACUCUUUGGCCCACCUUUUGUUUGCCAUUCAUGGCUCUCAUCAACCCUCCACGCCCUCUUCCAAAACUCCAGCCUCGACCUCCGCUUGAUCGACUGCCUUGAUGAAGAAAACCAACGGCUGAGAUUCACUCACCUCCUCAAACUAGCCAUCAACCACUACAAUGGUUGGCACUCCAUCUAUUUCCCAACCAAACACAUGUUUGGAUACUUUGCCACUCUCUACAUAGCAGAGAGGACUCCCAAUAUUUCAUGUGUUGUUUUGUCUUCAAAAGUUAAUGUGAAUGUAGUGCCAAUCUUCGUCUCCAUUCUCUACUGGAAAAAUUUAAGGGUUUUCCGAGCACAGAUUCACAAGAAGGAUCUAGGGUUUCUUGUGGUGUCUCAGUUGGCUGAUUACUGCAAGAGCAUAACCGAGCUUGGACUUCGAGGCUGGACGAUGAUGGAGAGAGAAGUGACAUGUAUUGUAGAAGGGUUUCCUAGGUUGGAGAAACUUGAUCUUGAGGAAUCUACUUUGUGUGGCAAUGCUUUGGAGAUUUUGUUGGAUGGGAGGUUGAAGUAUGUGAAGGAGAUAAACAUUUUGCAUUGCAAGUUCAUGGGGGAGGAUGGGAAGGAUAUUAAAGAAGACUUUUUGAAACUCAAGGCAUUUAAGAAUAAGGUGCUUGAGAAAGCUUGUAGUGUGAGAAGCUUGAAGAAGUUGAGGCAUUGUUUGGUUCAAAGCUGUCCACAUUGCAAGGAUAGUUCUUUAGAGGUUAGCUAA